GGGGAAAAGGGGGUGGGGUUAACAUCUAUUUCACUGGAAGUCCUAUAUAUUAUAUAUGUGGUCAUCUCACUACUAACUAACUCUGAGUAAACGUCGUCAGGGCCAGUCUUCUCCAGCAUUGUAGCAGCGUGGCGAUGUCGGGGUGGGGGGGGGCAAUACUUCCAGGACUUUGUUUUGCCUUCAUGUUCUUUUAUAAGUCAUAACUUUGCUUUUAUUGAAGCAGCAGCUAUGAUUUUUUUUCCUUUUAUAAAUGACGGUGAAACAGAUUCCCUGCAUCUGCAUGACAUGACAGCUACUUAUAGUUAUGAUAUGGACUAUAAUGAUGGAGGAAUUACACGCUUAUAUACAGGAGAAAUCAGGGCUUUGUUAGGUUGGGGAUUUGACUUGACUUCCUUUUUUUUUUUUUUCUUAAUUUUUUUGGUCUAUUUUUUCAUUUUUUAUGUGUUUAUGCGGUGUUUUACCGUGGAAAAAUAAAUGAAGGACAUUCUGUGAGAAUACGAAUGUGUAGAAAAACGUCAACAAUAAUGCUCUGGUUCUUAUCACUUUUUGGAAGGUGCAUGUGAUUGCGUCUUGAGUGUGCGUGAGUACUAGUGAGUACUAGUGCGCUUACAUCAAGGUAAAUGAUAAUGGAACUACUUCUGGCAACCGGCGACGCUUUUUUUUUGGGUUGCCUGUGUUUGGUACUGAUAUGAUGAUGAUCGCCCUGUUUAUUUUGUUUCACUGUUCUCUCCACUGCUUCCCUCACAUCUCUUCAUGGGUUUGUACUCCAUAUUACUGUCAAUUAUAUACUAUUGCUGCUCCGUUUAAUUGGGGAUUAGAGGGGGGUUUGAGCAGGGAAAAUGAAAUGUAACAGGGUCUAGUCCCAGUGGGAUCUGACACAGGUUCUGGCUGGAAGGUGAAAAAAUGAUGGAAUAAAUCAUGCAAAAAAAAAACAAAAAAACAAGUGACCUGUUUGUUCAGCCUCCUCGCUGCAGCUUGUUUAAUGUUAAGCCCAGCAAGACACUUGAAACCACUUCCUUUCUCGUUCCUCUGUCAGACCAUCUGGGACGUGACAUAAAAAAAAACUACUGCUGGACACCUACACUGUAACUUUUUAACAUACAAUAAAGCAAUAAGUUAUUUUGUACCUAAAAAAUGAAAAUAGUGCUAUUAUUGGUCAAAGUGACGACGUGUGGAUUAUUCUGCGGCAUUAAGACUUAUUUUCCGAUAAAAAAAAAAAAGAAAAGUAUAUUUUUCUGUUUUGAGACCUUGCUCCCCUGGUAUAUGAUGAGUUCAAUGACUGGUUUGGCGAGGGAAAGGGGCUUGUAGCGCUGCACAAGGUUAUAACGUUUUGGGCUUUACUUUACAGCAGUUCUUUUCUUAUUUCCUUGUUUUUUUUUUCCCCCGCAAAUAUUUUCAAUUUUAAAAUCCUAAUAAAUUAUUAUAAAGUAUCUCACUGUGGUUUGUUUUUUUAUGUGAUAGUAGGGAAGCUGACGUCAUUUCAGCACUUCAAUGCAACUGUACCAGUGAGGGAGAUUAUUUCUGUGUGCCGUGGGGGGGGCCAUGUGAGACCUUGGCUGUGGUCAAGAGAGUUGGAUCUCGGCUCUGAAUGGAGGCCAAAGGAGUUAGUGAUCCUCACCCGUCUCUCUCUCUCACCUGUCCUAGUUCCUCUUAUCACCAUUUAGGACUACAACUACCAACACAACCGACUUGAGACCCAUGGAUUGGAUCUUUUCGAGGCAAUUCUUUUGUUUUUAUACCAUCUUUGACAUAUUUUUUUUCCUACCAUUUUUCCAUCAAAAUGGCUCUGGGGGUUCUAAAUCCACAGAUGAAAAGUUCCCCCAGGGAGAGUGAAUGUUUUGACAACAGCUCAACAGAGGAAAAGGAACCUCCGCUUAAAAGUUACCUUCUUUUAACGAUGCUAACAUGUUUGUGUCCUGCCUACCCUGUCAAUAUUGUUGCUCUGGUCUGCUCUGUUAUGUCUAGGAGCAGCUAUUACAACGGCGACUAUGACGGGUCCAGGCGGUUAGGCAAGAAUGCUCUUUACGUCGCCAUCGCCUCCAUCAUCAUCGGCCUCCUCAUCAUUGCCAUCAUCUGCACUGUCCAUUUUACCACCAUAAAUCAUUAGCACCGAGGGAACAACAGAGACACUUUUGGGAUAUUUGAAAGAGAUAAAAUAAACUACUGAUGGCCGGAAUGGUUCACAUGACGUGGACAGACAACAUCCAUGUUUACGUGUUCUCUCACAUGUCAUCCUGUUCUGUUUCCUCCUCUUCAUGUACACAAAUAAGGACUUCUGAAUAUUCUAAAUCCGUGUCUUUCAUGUUUAGCGUCUAAUGUGAAGAUCUGAAGUUUUAUGUAGAAGAAUAUCAGACUACGUAUGGAUGCAUUAAAAUAAGUCACUUUAUCUGAACGCAUUAGCGUACAAAUGUUUUGGGUUAAAACUGUUCGUGUGAC